AUGGCUGCCACGGAUACGGCCAGCCGGGAAAAACGCGCCGCCCGCUUCAACUUUAAUGACAUCUGCGAGAGGAGGCGUGCCGUCCGCGGCGGCGGCAGUGGUCUGGUCGGGCGGCUCGGCGAGCGCGAGCCGGCCAGCCCCGGCUACCCGGACAGCUCGGCCAGCCGCUCCGAGGACGGCAGCGGCUCCGAGCGGCCACACACCGGCGAGUCCGCCUACGGAUCCGCCAAAAAGCGCCGCAAACAGUCAUGUCCCGUGAAGCUGGGCUCAGGUGAGAGCGAGGACGGCGGCGGCGACGAGCCGGCCGCCGGCGGUCCGCUGCCGCUGCGCUGCCCCUACUGCCCGCUCGCCUUCCCCAGCGAGGCGCAGUUCAAAUACCACAUCGAGGUGGAGCAUGUCAGAAGGAUGGGGGUCGCCGACGCGGGCGCCGGGGAGAGCGCGAUCUUCGGUCGCGAGCUGCCUCUGAACCUCUCCUCGGGUCAGAGACCGGACGGCAGUGCCGAGCAGGAGGGGCGGUAUCCGGAGGUGGGCACCCCGAAAUCAGAGGCCGGCAUGCCGACGGCCAUGCCGCUGCCGCCGUCCUUCCAGGACAAGUUCCCCGUGCCCAAUUUUCUGCAGUUCGGGCCUCCGCCGUUCCUACUGUCGUUCCUCCAGCACCAGGCGGGCGUCGCGCCGGCCGCGCAGCCGCCGCCCGGCGGGGACGCGCCGCUGAAGAUCUUCAACCCGGAGGCCUACUGCGAGCUGUGCAACAAGGAGUUCUGCAACAAGUACUUCCUGAAGACACACAAGGCCAAUAAGCAUGGCGUUUACAGCGACGCUCCGCCCAGCGCUGGCGGCGUGGGCAAUGGAGUCGGUCACGGCGGUGGCGCCGGCGGAGGUCCGCGUCUGUCGCCCAGCGGCGACUCCCGCGACUCCGGCCGGCCCUCCAGUGAGGCGGACGCGCUGCGUCCUCCGGGCAGCGCUCACCCGGACACGUUCUGCGAGCCGUGUCAGAAGGAGUUCAGCGAGCCCUGCUACCUGCAGCGCCACCGGCAGCUGGUGCACGGCGCCGAGGCGGCGGCGCCCGGCGGCUCGCCGGCGCGGCCACCGGCCGACCCGUACGACAGCCGCCAGCUGCUGGAGGCGGCCCCGUCACCGUCCCUGCUGCAGCAGCUGGACGCCGCGCAGGUCGCCGACCAUCAGACCGGCGUGCACCUCUUCAUGGACAAGCUGGCGAUGAACGGAGAAGCACCGCCGAAGAACUUAUCCAAAGAGCAGCUACAGCAAAUCGGGGUGAGAAACGUCGACGCGUUCUGCAACAUCUGCUGGAAGGAGUUCUGCAACAAACAUUUCCUGAAAAUGCACAGGUACAAGAUACACGCCAUGAGCUCACCGCCACCUCUUCCUCCACCCGUCGAGCGGGAUCCGCAACCCGAGGGGGAACCAGAUCAGGAGAGGGUCAACGGCACCGACCCGCAGCCCUGUCCUCCGCUGGAGCCACCAACGGAGUCCCAGCUCAACAACACAGACGGCAUUGAAUGUGAGCUCUGCGCCAAGACGUUCCAAAGCGCCUAUCUGCUGCAGAUGCACCGGUAUUACUUCCACGGCUCAGGUCAGCAGAACAGCCACACCACUUCGCCGCCGCAGCCGCUAGCGCCGGCGAACAGAGAGAAGCCGCGGUCCCCCGCAACGCCGAACAAGAAAGAACACUUCAGCGAAGAUCUGAAGAAGCUUCAGGGUAUGAUCAAGGGUCUAAAUGAAAAGAAGGGCAGUUCUGGUGUGACGUGCCACAUAUGUGCGAAAAGGAUGGACAGCAAAAACGCGUUACAUGCACAUCUUAUCCAGGAGCACGGUAUGUUCAAUAAAAAGGAAGAGCUGAUCAUUCCAAAACCACCUACUGCCCUCAAUUCAUCUAAACAUCCGCUGAUGAAAGACAACGAUCAAGCCCCGGAAUCACCGGGUCAUAAAGGAGAGACGAUUUGCAGUGUUUGCAAUAAGGACUUCUAUGCGAAGUUUUUCUUGCAACAGCAUAUGCAAACUGCCCAUGGCAUUCAAGCCCAAGCGCAGCCGAUGAAUGAAACCGCGUUCCUAGCAAGAAUUCGCCUUGAAGUCGAGGGUCAAAAGAAGCUGGAAAGGCCCAAACCAGCGAGCACCAGCCGAAGCUACUGCGAAAUUUGCAACAAAGAGCUCUGCAACAAGUACUUCAUGAAAACUCACAUGAUCAAGAUGCACGGCAUAAACAUGGACAACCAUCAGAAUCAGGCUGGCGUGAAGUGCGAUGUUUGCCAAAAGGAGCUCUGCAGCAAAUACUUCCUGAAGGUCCACAAGCAGAACACGCACGGCAUCUACGUUCCCGACGACGACAAGUCGUCUCCGGACAACGACCCCGUUAUCAAAGAGGAGGAGGGACUCGAGGUGUGCACAGUCUGCAGCGGGAAGUUCAAGACGGCCAAGCUGUUGGAGACACACAUGGCCAGUGAGCAUGGCGCGCCGAAAGAGAAGAAGAGCAAGAGCAGCUCGUCGCACAAGUCGGCUGCCCCACCCAGUAUGGGCGCUCCGUGCAGCCUGUGCGGCCACUGUCUGCCGGACCUGCUCUCGCUGCGGCUGCACGUCAUGCAGGUUCACCCGUUCCACGACCAGAAGGGCAGCGACAAGCCGGCGCUGAACGGCGCCGCCGCUGCCCUGGAGCAGUCCCAGCUCGGCGACAAGCUGCUGCGCCACCCGUUCGGCCCGCUGGCCGGCGCCUUCCCCCCGUUCCUGCCAGCCGAGCGGCUGAUGGGCCUGCUGCCUCCCCUCGGCGCGCCGGCCGCGGCCCUCCUCGACUCCGCCCGGCACCACUACCUCAGCCACUGGCACCAGAAGCACGGCCACACGCGGCUGCCGUACGCCGCCAGCCUGCUGCGGGGCUACCUCAACCGAAACUACCGCUGCACGCGCUGUGGAUUCAGCUCGCGACUGCGCGCGCUGGUGCGGCGCCACGUCCGGCGCCACCACCGGCGCGGCGCCGACGGCCAGGCGGUGCCGCACCUGUACGCGCUGCCACUGCCACCGCCGGCCGGCGCCGCCGACGACUACACCAUGCAGGCGUUCCUGGUGCAGCAGCCGGCCGCCGAGGCGCAGCAGUCACCGCUGCUGGCGCCCGCCUACGCCGUGCUGCCCGUCUUCAGGCGGCUGUGUGAGAAGACGGAGCUGAGGCUGACGCUGCUGCCCGCCUGA